AUGUCAGGUUUUAGUGUUAGCUUUAUUACCAACUCUUAUAGUGCUGGACUUAGCUUCCCAACGUUCGGAUCUUCAAGGAGAAAAAUAAAGCGAAUGCCAACACAAAAUUCUCUAGAAGCGGUAAAUUACCUUUGUGACAAAGGCGAGCAGAUAUUUUUGUGUGAGAAUACACCUGUGCUAGUUAUCGGAAUAAUUUCCGGCUUUGACUUAAAUUAA